AUGUCUGUUAGACUACUCGAAGGACUAACUGAAUUGAGAAAUGCUUUAAUCGAAAAGACACAGGAAUUAAAAAAUACAAAUGUAGACGCGAUUGAAUUAAUCAAUGCAAGAUUUAACGUUCCUGAAAAGAAUCAAAAUAAAGCACAAAAUGAUAUUGAAAAUAUUAUUAACAUAAUAAUUAAUUAUGAAUCCAAACUAAAGGAGUUGAUUGUAUCAUUAAAUAAUGAAUAUAGGGGGUUUAAAAUCAACUGGCAAAAGAGUAUGACGUACGAUUAUCCUGAUGAAUUGACAAUCGUACAAUUUAACGAAGAAUAUAUGACUGGAAAAACAAAAUUAGAGUUACAGAAUAUUAUAGAUAACUUAGUAUGCAAUGUGGAUUGGUUUUCUGAGUACAAAAAAGAUUUCAAGGAAACGAUUAAGCAAAUGAAUGAUAAAAAUGCAUCAGAAAUUGAUGAAAAGAGAGAAAGAAUCAUUAAAUCUCAUCUGAUAGAAAGUCAAAAUGACAAUCUAACGAAUAAUGAAGUUAAUGAUGCUAAUACUGAUUCAAGAGCAAAAAUGUCUUGGACUUUUGAAGAUAAAGGUGUCACAUCAAAAUCGAAGUUGUUAAAUACCACCAAAAAGCUAACCAACAAUUUAAUUAAGGGUAACCAAAUUUUACAAUCUAGUGUUUUACAGAGUGAUUUAAAUUUAGAUGAAUUAAGACAGCAAACUUCAUCAAUGCAAAUUAUGAACGACAAAUACUUGCAAUUCGAAAUAGUCUUCAAUAAGACAUCACAAUUAGUUAGAAGACUAGAAAAAGCUUCACAACAAGAAAAGAGAGAUGUGUAUCUGUCACUUGGGUUUUUAGCUAUGUGUAUAUUUUGGAUACUAUGGAGAAGAGUCUUUAAAGUACCUGUUAAGAUAGGUUUAUGGAUAGUAUUCAAAUUUUUCAAAUAUAUUCUAGUAAGCAUAGGUUUUGUUAAAAAGGUGUCCAACACUAUAAACAGUGAUAUUAUAAGUGAUGAAAUUAUUAACACGAUAGCAUCCACAAUAGUUUCAACGACAGUAUCAAAUAUAACAGGCACAAUUUCAAGUGACAUAGAAAAUAAUAUUGAACAAGUAGUCGAUGCUGCAAUGGAUAGAAUAUUGGCACAUGACGAAUUAUGA